AUCCGGAACUUGGUCACAUUUUUAGAAAAAUUAUCCUGCCAAAUAACUUCAUCUUCCAACACGAGACAUAGUUCUUUCGCUCCACCAUGUCUAUCAAACAAGCAGCAUGGACCCACGGUCUUGGUGUAGAGCUUGAAUCUAGCUCCUGGUCUGCCCUCCGCCAAGGUUUCUACACCACUGUGAGUCCGUCGAAUGAAUCCACCUUUGGUUGGGUGCACUUCGUGAUUCCCACGCCCGUCAUCGUUGACGGCACUCGUCUCAAAGCCGAAUCGGCAAUGAUCCGCUUCUCGACCGGUUCAACGGCCAAGAUUACCAACUUCCAUGUCUAUGAUGGCGAGGUGAAGAUUGCAGAGUACGAUGGGUUGGCUCUGGCCGGAAGCCUGCAGUUUGUGAGAGAGGCGGUGCCGAACAAUCAUCAGGUGUUGUGGGGGACGGCGAUUAGUCUGGGGGUGCAGUUUUCUGGAAUGGGUCCGAACGAUUAUGUUCAAUUUAUUUCGGCGGGGAUUGAUUUUUAUGUUUAGACGAAGCACGGGUUGAGAUAAAGUCAUUUGCGAAAUAUGUUCUAUCUUUACAUUUCUUCCUCCUCUUCCCUCCCGG